UAAGCAGCUUGAGUCAUAUUUUAUUACUUUAUUAACCAAUAAUUACCAUGACUGCUACUUUAGAAAGACGCGAAAGCGCAAGCCUAUGGGGUCGUUUCUCUGACUUUAUUACCAGCACCGAAAACCGUCUUUACAUCGGAUGGUUCGGCGUAUUGAUGGUACCUCUUCUUCUAACUGCAACUUCUGUAUUCAUCAUUGGUUUCAUCGCAGCUCCUCCAGUAGAUAUCGAUGGUAUCCGUGAGCCUGUUUCUGGUUCUCUUCUAUACGGAAACAACAUCAUUUCUGGUGCUAUCGUUCCUACUUCUGCAGCAAUCGGUAUGCACUUCUACCCUAUCUGGGAAGCUGCUUCCGUUGAUGAAUGGUUAUACAAUGGUGGUCCUUACCAACUAAUCGUUCUUCACUUCCUUUUAGGUGUAGCUUCUUACAUGGGUCGUGAAUGGGAACUUAGCUUCCGUCUAGGUAUGCGUCCUUGGAUCGCUGUUGCAUACUCUGCUCCUGUUGCAGCUGCUACCGCAGUAUUCCUAAUCUACCCAAUCGGACAAGGAAGUUUCUCUGACGGUAUGCCUUUAGGUAUCUCUGGUACUUUCAACUUCAUGAUCGUAUUCCAAGCUGAGCACAACAUCCUUAUGCACCCAUUCCAUAUGCUAGGUGUGGCUGGUGUUUUCGGCGGCUCUCUAUUCAGUGCAAUGCAUGGUUCCUUGGUUACCUCCAGCUUGAUCCGUGAAACCACCGAAAACGAAUCUGCUAACGCUGGUUACAAGUUUGGUCAAGAAGUAGAAACUUACAACAUUGUUGCAGCUCACGGCUACUUUGGACGUCUAAUCUUCCAAUAUGCUAGUUUCAACAACUCUCGUUCUCUACACUUCUUCUUGGCUGCUUGGCCUGUAGUAGGUAUUUGGUUUACUGCUUUAGGUAUCAGUACUAUGGCAUUCAACCUAAACGGUUUCAACUUCAACCAAUCCGUAGUUGAUAGCCAAGGUCGUGUAAUCAACACUUGGGCUGAUAUCAUCAACCGUGCUAACCUAGGUAUGGAAGUUAUGCACGAGCGUAACGCUCACAACUUCCCUCUAGACUUAGCAUCUGUUGAAGCUCCUUUCGUUGGCUAAACAAUCUUGUUUUAGAGGCAAGCUGCAUAUAUAACAACUGUGCGCAGGAAUCCUGCGCACGGUUGUAGUUUGCUAUAUUUUCUCUUUUUUGUAUGUUGUAUGGCGAACAAAUUGAUCAGAAUGUCCUUUAUGUUUGAUAUAAAAUAAAAAUAUAUAAAAUAUAGCAAAGUUUCCAUUAUUUGCUUCACUUCGCAUUUUUUAUUACUUGCCUAGUAAAUAUACAGGUUAAAUUCCUAACUUUCACUUAUUUAUGUAUUGGUCCAUUAAGCACCUUAAAUGUGUGUCAUAAUAUAUUUAGGAGUCUGUCCUGGGUCACUUCUGUAUCAUAGUUGUUCUAGUUACAGACUUAAUAAAGUGGGUAGCAAUUCUAAAAUAUUACCCUCUCAGAAGCUGAUUCAUGAUUUUGGGCAGGUGUUUCCUUUGUCUCGUCUGAAGAGAGGAGAAUCUCAAUGACUAUUCGUUCACCGGAACCAGAAGUCAAGAUUGUGGUAGACAAUGAUCCUGUAAAAACCUCUUUUGAAAAAUGGGCUAAGCCAGGUCAUUUCUCUCGUGCGUUAGCAAAAGGUCCUACUACAACCACUUGGAUUUGGAACCUGCAUGCUGAUGUUCACGAUUUUGAUAGCCACACUAGUGAUCUAGAAGAAAUUUCUCGUAAGGUUUUUAGUGCACACUUUGGUCAAUUAGCUGUCAUAUUCAUUUGGUUAAGCGGAAUGUAUUUUCAUGGUGCACGCUUUUCCAAUUAUGAAGCAUGGUUAAGUGAUCCAACCCACAUCAAACCUAGUGCUCAAGUUGUUUGGCCAAUUGUAGGUCAAGAAAUUUUGAACGGCGACGUAGGUGGUGGAUUCCAGGGAGUUCAAAUUACCUCUGGUUUAUUCCAAAUGUGGCGUUCUUCUGGAAUCACUACUGAACUAGAGUUAUAUUCCACUGCAAUUGGUGGUUUAUUAAUGGCAGGCUUAAUGUUUAUCGCUGGUUGGUUCCAUUAUCAUAAAGCUGCACCUAAAUUGGCUUGGUUCCAAGAUGCAGAAUCUAUGAUGAACCACCAUUUAGGCGGUCUAAUAGGCUUAGGAUCUUUGGGUUGGGCUGGACACCAAAUUCAUGUAUCUUUGCCUAUCAACCAAUUGUUAGAUGCAGGAGUUGACCCUAAAGAAAUUCCUUUGCCUCACGAAUUUAUAUUUAACAGAGACUUAUUAGCUCAGUUAUAUCCUAGCUUUGCGAAAGGUGUAACUCCUUUCUUUACCUUAAACUGGGCAGAGUAUUCUGAUUUCUUAACUUUCCGUGGCGGUCUAAAUCCAGUUACAGGAGGUUUAUGGUUAACUGAUACAGUUCACCACCACGUAGCAAUUGCAGUCCUUUUCCUAGUAGCAGGACAUAUGUAUAGAACUAACUGGGGAAUUGGUCAUAGCAUGAAAGAAAUGUUAGAAGCUCACAAAGGGCCUAUGACUGGUGAAGGUCACAAAGGACUUUAUGAAAUUUUGACCACUUCUUGGCAUGCUCAAUUAGCAUUAAACUUAGCUACUUUUGGAUCUUUAACAAUUAUCAUAGCACAUCAUAUGUAUGCUAUGCCUCCUUACCCAUAUUUAGCAACUGAUUAUGGGUACUCAGUUAUCCUUAUUCACACACCACAUGUGGAUUGGUGGAUUCUGCGUUGUAGGGGCUGGUGCUCAUGCAGCUAUCUAUUUGGUAAGAGAUUACGAUCCAACUACUCAGUAUAACAAUCUAUUAGAUCGUGUUCUACGUCAUAGAGAUGCAAUUAUUUCUCAUCUUAACUGGGUAUGUAUCUUCCUAGGAUUCCAUAGUUUUGGUUUGUAUAUUCAUAACGAUACUAUGAGUGCCUUAGGUCGUCCUCAAGAUAUGUUCUC